AUGGCAGAUGGAGACCUCGCCCUGACUCACUUACAAAAGCCACCACGAUCACCUCCGCCUCUCCUUCUCGAUCUCUGCUGCUCAUCGCGGGAAGCUACAACUUUCACCCUUGGUGUCACAUACGUUCAAAUUCCCCGUCAACGUUCCGCCUCGAUCUUCCACAUUCCGAACCAUGGCGCAAGAACCCUCACGCUCCCCACCAUGACCAUGAUCUCCUGCACGCUCGUCCCGAUCUUUCCCCACAACCACUGGAACAUCUUCAUCAACAUCGUCCUCCAACGCGAAAUGUUUCAUCUUCACCAGCGGCAACUCCUCUCUCCUCCAUCCAGAACUCCCUAA